GCCCCCGCCGGGAGGGGUCACCGGAGGUCGCGGGGGGCACCGGGCACGGCCGAGCCCGGCGGGACGGGGCUGCCCGGGGCCCGGCGGUCCCGGCUCUGAGACCCCGCUGCGGGCGUACGGCGGGGCCGCGGGGGCUCCGGGACCGGCUCCCACCCGCCAACUCUCCCGCCGCUCCGCCCUUCCGCUCGGAUCCCAGCCCGGGGCUCCGCCGCCCCGCUGGCCCCGUGCCGGGACCCCGGUGGAGCGGCGGGCCGGGGGAGCUCAGACCGCUCCGCCGUGUCCCCGGGCCGCGGCGGGGCGGAGGCGGGGGCGGCCCCGGGGCCGCUGACGGCGGCGGUGACGGAGCCGGAGCCGGAGCACGGCAGCGCCCGGCACCGCCUCCCGCCCGGGGCCGCCCCGCCCGGGCCGCCGCCGGCUCCAGCACCUCGGACAGCGCCCGGCCAGCACCGCGGACAGCGGCAGGUACCGGCGGCGGCACCGGGCCGCCCCCAUGGCGCUGCUCCGCGUCCUCUGCCUUCUCGCUGCCCUCAGACGGAGCCUGGGCACGGACACGGAGGAGCGGCUGGUGGAGUAUCUGCUGGACCCUGCACGCUAUAACAAGCUGAUCCGGCCGGCGACCAAUGGCUCUGAGCUGGUGACCGUGCAGCUGAUGGUGUCGCUGGCACAGCUCAUCAGCGUGCACGAGCGGGAGCAGAUCAUGACCACGAACGUCUGGCUGACCCAGGAGUGGGAGGACUAUCGCCUCACCUGGAAACCUGAGGACUUUGACAACAUGAAGAAGGUCCGCUUGCCCUCCAAGCACAUCUGGCUGCCUGAUGUGGUGCUCUACAACAACGCCGAUGGGAUGUACGAGGUCUCCUUUUACUCCAACGCGGUGAUCUCCUACGAUGGCAGCAUCUUCUGGCUGCCACCUGCCAUCUACAAGAGCGCAUGCAAGAUCGAGGUGAAGCACUUCCCCUUUGACCAGCAGAACUGCACCAUGAAGUUCCGUUCCUGGACCUACGACCGCACCGAGAUUGACCUGGUGCUGAAGAGUGAGGUGGCCAGCCUGGAUGACUUCACACCCAGCGGCGAGUGGGACAUCGUGGCGCUGCCAGGGCGGCGCAACGAGAACCCUGAUGACUCCACCUACGUGGACAUCACGUAUGACUUCAUCAUUCGGCGCAAGCCACUCUUCUACACCAUCAACCUCAUCAUCCCCUGCAUCCUCAUUACCUCCCUGGCCAUCCUUGUGUUUUACCUCCCGUCUGACUGUGGCGAGAAGAUGACACUCUGCAUCUCUGUCCUGCUCGCCCUCACCGUCUUCCUCCUGCUCAUCUCCAAGAUCGUGCCACCCACCUCACUGGACGUACCACUGGUGGGCAAGUAUCUCAUGUUCACCAUGGUGCUGGUGACCUUCUCCAUCGUCACCAGCGUCUGCGUCCUCAACGUGCACCACCGCUCGCCCACCACGCACACCAUGCCACCCUGGGUCCGCACCCUCUUCCUCCACAAGCUCCCAGCACUGCUCUUCAUGAAGCAGCCGCGGCAGAGCUGCGCCCGGCAGCGCCUGCGCCAGCGCCGGCACACGCAGGAGCGCGCCGCCGCCGCCACGCUCUUCGUGCAGGCUGGUGCCCGCGCCUGCACCUGCUACGCCAACCCCGGUGCUGCCAAGGCCGAGGGGCUCAAUGGCUACCGGGAGCGGCAGGGGCAGGCAGCGGGGCCCGCGGCGGGCUGCGGCUGCGGGCUGCAGGAGGCGGUGGAUGGCGUGCGCUUCAUCGCUGACCACAUGCGCAGUGAGGAUGACGAUCAGAGUGUGAGCGAGGACUGGAAGUACGUGGCCAUGGUCAUCGACCGCCUCUUCUUAUGGAUCUUCGUCUUCGUCUGUGUCUUUGGCACCAUAGGCAUGUUCCUGCAGCCCCUCUUCCAGAACUACACCACCAACUCCCUUCUGCAGCUGGGCCAGGGCACCCCCACCUCCAAAUAGCAUGGGGAAUGGCCAGUCCCAGGGCCAGAGAGCUGGGCACUGGGCUCAGGCAGCCCCUGCAAACCAAUAAAUACUCCCACAGGA